AUGGCGGGUAUCCUGGCGGGUAUCCUGGCGGGUAUCCUGGCGGGUAUCCUGGCGGGUAUCCUGGCGGGUAUCCUGGCGGGUAUCCUGGCGGGUAUCCUGGCGGGUAUCCUGGCGGGUAUCCUGGCGGGUAUCCUGGCGGGUAUCCUGGUGGGUAUCCUGGCGGGUAUCCUGGCGGGUAUCCUGGCGGGUAUCCUGGCGGGUAUCCUGGCGGGUAUCCUGGCGGGUAUCCUGGCGGGUAUCCUGGCGGGUAUCCUGGCGGGUAUCCUGGCGGGUAUCCUAGUGGGUAUCCUGGCGGGUAUCCUGGCGGGUAUCCUGGCGGGUAUCCUGGCGGGUAUCCUGGCGGGUAUCCUGGCGGGUAUCCUGGCGGGUAUCCUGGCGGGUAUCCUGGCGGGUAUCCUGGCGGGUAUCCUAGUGGGUAUCCUAGCGGGUAUCCUGGCGGGUAUCCUGGCGGGUAUCCUGACGGGUAGCCUGGAGGGUAUCCUGGCGGGUAUCCUGGCGGGUAUCCUGGCGGGUAUCCUGGCGGGUAUCCUGGCGGGUAUCCUGGCGGGUAUCCUGGCGGGUAUCCUGGCGGGUAUCCUGGCGGGUAUCCUGGUGGGUAUCCUUGCGGGUAUCCUGGCGGGUAUCCUGGCGGGUAUCCUGGCGGGUAUCCUGGCGGGUAUCCUAGCGGGUAUCCUGGCGGGUAUCCUGGCGGGUAGCCUGGAGGGUAUCCUGGCGGGUAUCCUGGCGGGUAUCCUGGCGGGUAUCCUGGCGGGUAUCCUGGCGGGUAUCCUGGCGGGUAUCCUGGCGGGUAUCCUGGCGGGUAUCCUAGCGGGUAUCCUGGCGGGUAUCCUGGCGGGUAUCCUGGCGGGUAUCCUGGGGGGUAUCCUGGCGGGUAUCCUGGCGGGUAUCCUGGCGGGUAUCCUGGCGGGUAUCCUGGUGGGUAUCCUAGCGGGUAUCCUGGCGGGUAUCCUGGCGGGUAUCCUGGCGGGUAUCCUGGAGGGUAUCCUGGAGGGUAUCCUGGCGGGUAUCCUGGUGGGUAUCCUAGCGGGUAUCCUGGAGGGUAUCCUGGAGGGUAUCCUGGCGGGUAUCCUGGCGGGUAUCCUGGCGGGUAUCCUGGCGGGUAUCCUGGCGGGUAUCCUGGCGGGUAUCCUGGCGGGUAUCCUGGCGGGUAUCCUAGCGGGUAUCCUGGCGGGUAUCCUGGCGGGUAUCCUAGCGGGUAUCCUGGCUGGUAUCCUGGCGGGUAUCCUGGCGGGUAUCCUGGCGGGUAUCCUAGCGGGUAUCCUGGCGGGUAUCCUGGCGGGUAUCCUGGCGGGUAUCCUAGCGGGUAUCAUGGCGGGUAUCCUAGCGGGUAUCCUGGCUGGUAUCCUGGCGGGUAUCCUGGCGGGUAUCCUGGCGGGUAUCCUGGCGGGUAUCCUGGCUGGUAUCCUGGCGGGUAUCCUAGCGGGUAUCCUGGCGGGUAUCCUGGUGGGUAUCCUGGCUGGUAUCCUGGCGGGUAUCCUGGUGGGUAUCCUGGCGGGUAUCCUGGCGGGUAUCCUAGCGGGUAUCCUGGCGGGUAUCCUGGCGGGUAUCCUGGCGGGUAUCCUAGCGGGUAUCCUGGAGGGUAUCCUGGCGGGUAUCCUGGCGGGUAUGCUAGCGGGUAUGCUAGCGGGUAUCCUAGCGGAUAUCCUGGCGGGUAUCCUGACGGGUAUCCUGGCGGGUAUCCUGCCGGGUAUCCUGGCGGGUAUGCUAGCGGGUAUCCUAGCGGGUAUCCUGGCGGGUAUCCUGGCGGGUAUGCUAGCGGGUAUGCUAGCGGGUAUCCUAGCGGGUAUCCUGGUGUGUAUCCUGGCGGGUAUCCUGGCGGGUAUCCUGGCGGGUAUCCUAGCGGGUAUCCUGGCGGGUAUCCUGGCGGGUAUCCUAGCUGGUAUCCUGGCGGGUAUCCUGGUGUGUAUCCUGGCGGGUAUCCUGGCGAGUAUCCUGGCGGGUAUCCUGGUGUGUAUCCUGGCGGGUAUCCUGGCGAGUAUCCUGGCGGGUAUCCUGGUGUGUAUCCUGGCAUAUCCUGGCGGGUAUCCUGGCAGGUAUGUUAGCGGGUAUCCUGGCGGGUAUUCUGGCGGGUAUCCUGCCGGGUAUCCUGGCGGGUAUCCUAGCGGGUAUGCUAGCGAGUAUCCAGUCACUUCGCAGUUAAUACAUCCCCAGCGGGCUAGGCGGCUGUUGUGGGUCGCACCAGGAGGAUAG